AAGGAACAGUUAUAGGAAUCAAGUACAGUUUAAUGUCUUACGUAAAACUCGAUAUGUCUUAGCUUUAGGGUAUAUAAUAGUGUUAGAAAACAGCUCAAACAAAUGACAAUCCUCCAGGAAGACAUUUUUUUCACACGUUUCAAGUUGUGAACCACCUGUAGGUGGCUGUGUAGUCGCUUUUGCACAGGCCACGAUGUUUUCUGAGCUGUGAAUGCCGCACAAACCGCGCCUCUCUAGGCGCUGCCCUCUCAGGAGCACAUCAGUAGCUGGGUGGAUGGUUCGCGUCUCCACUGCAAGGAUGUCUUCGUCCACGCCACCCCGAGUGUUCACGGAGAGGGAGGUGGCCCCCCACUGCAGCAAGGACUCCUGCUGGGUGCUGCAUGGGACCAGGGUGUACGACGUGACCACAUUCUUGCGAAUGCACCCGGGCGGGGAGGCGCUGAUACUUCGCAGGUCCGGCAAGGACGUAAGCCCGGAGUUGGAAGGACCUCCACACCGGCACUCGGAAAACGCCCGGCGGUGGCUGGAACAGUACUACAUUGGGGAGCUGGACAGGGACAGCGGGAGCGAUGAGGCACAGACUCUGAGAGAGAGGAGAAAGGCCAGUGAACAGACAGAAGGAGAGACAGCAGAACAGAUGACAGACGUGAAAGUGAAAGAGGAGGAUGAGAACGACCCGUACAGGCUUUGCAACUCUGUGGACCUGGACAAGGAUUUGGUGGACUGGAGGAAGCCCCUGGCGUGGCAAGUGGGCCACCUCAGAGAGAAAUAUGAUGCAUGGGUUCACCAGCCAGUUGACAGACCAAUCAGACUCUUUGGAAACCCCUUCCUGGAGGCUGGCACCAAGACCUCCUGGUACUGGGUACCAGUGGUGUGGCUUCCUCUUGUGUUUUAUCUCACCUGGUAUUGCUGCACCACCCUGGCAAAGGGCACCACCAAGCUAGUCCUCACUUCAGACAUCUCCAUCUCGAUCCCUAUUUACGUUUUCCCACCGCUAUUUUUGAUGGGCUGGUUCUUGUGGUCGUUCCUAGAGUACUGCAUCCAUCGCUUUGUCUUUCACAUGAAACCACCAGCUCAUAACUACUACCUAAUCAUGCUGCACUUCCUCCUGCAUGGACAGCACCACAAGUCUCCGUUUGAUGGCUCUCGUCUGGUGUUUCCCCCGGGCGUGAGCUCCUUAGUGGUGGGAAGUUUGUAUAUCAUCCUCCGCAACAUACUCCCAGAAAUUUUUGCGUUAUCUUUGUUUGUUGGAGGACUGUGCGGCUAUGUCGUGUACGAUAUGAUACACUACUACCUUCACUAUGGCUCGCCAAAGAGAGGCUCGUAUAUGUACACCCUGAAGGCCUACCAUGUCAAACACCACUUCGAGCACCAGAAAGCAGGUUUUGGCAUCACCACAAAGUUCUGGGACCGCCCCUUCAACACACUUAUCCCUGAUGAGAAAUUUUAACACAGAGAAGGCUCUCCUCUAGGGUCACAGGACUUAUCAUCCUCCCUCCUUAGCCGACCAGCCAACGUGAUAUAACCACCCUGACACCCUUAGUUCAGUUUCUGCAGCCAUAGUUUCCAAAGCCCUGAAGGGAAAGUUCCUUCUGAGGGCUCCUCUAUCCAUACCUACUGUACAGUGCACUAUAACACAUCAACCUGCUUUUUGAUCCCAGCAUCCAGUCCACACUAUUUCCUCACUGCAACUUGUUUUUUUCUUUUGUAGUCCUGCUGCAUUCUCACUGCACUUAACUCACCAUUCAAGUCAUUGCCAAAUCACCAGUCACAACAUUAUAAUAUUCACCUGCGUGGUAGGUCAUGGAGUGAAAGUGAGGGACAGACACACAGAAGCAUGACCACACACAUAAUGCAAACAUGAACAUAGUCUUUUAAUUGUUGUGGUUUUGUUUCCUUUGAAGGAUUAGCUGAAGAAUACUGUAGAUCUUGUGCAAAAGUAAAACUAAGAAGCAAAUGAACAAACUAAAUUUGCCACCAUGAUAGCAGACAGCAUGGAAACGCACAUAGGCAUGCACUGCUCUGGCUUCCCUCACAGUGGGAGAGAGGGAAAAACAAGUGGCAGAUGGUAGAUGAAUGUGGAAAACAGUGACAAAAGGGGAUGAGAGAGUGACAGAAAAUGUGACAGCUACUGUAUGUAAUGACUGUGAGUACCAAACUGUACCGCCUCACCAGGUGAACUAACUCAGGAAAAAUAUAUCUCUAGCCCUCCUUUGCACUGUCAGCUGCUUGAAUUGCACUGCAGGUUUGUAACAUCUUACAGAAGUUCCCUCCACCAUGUGUGGUCUCUGUCAUUUUUUUUUAAGCAGCUGGGAACAGAAAACAUUUGGUUUCAGGUAUUUGAACAUGCUGAGGUUAACUUUACACUUUAGAUUGAACCUAUUGGCGAGUUCUAAAUGUUGGAAACUGUGGAGAUAUAUUUUUGCAAAUCUGUUGUAAUAUGUACACCAUUUUCUUUUAUCUUUGUCAUUAAUGAUACAACAAAGAUGUAGAAAGAUAUUUUGUCAGAUGCUUUGUACAGAAGAGGAGAUUCUCCAGUUGCACCAGCUUUGUUGAUAGAGGGAGCAGAUGUUUUAGAUGUAGAUGUUAUGUGUGGACACAUCAAAAUGCGAGCACGGAUGGAUGGUCAAGUGUUGUGUUAACAGAGGGACAGAGCUGAAGGGAUGAGGCCAGCCAAUCAGACUUCCUGCUGUGGGGAUUUUGGGGUCAAAGGUCACACGGUCAGCUACGUGACAAGAGCUCUGGCUUACAAAUCUAUCUUUCCACACAAGUCCCCAAACCAUUUCAAGUGUUAGGACCCACUACUGGGUCUCACUCAAUCCAUUUGAAGUCACUGGCACAUUUGACCCUGCAGAUCCCCUCAGGAUGACGAUUGAUGAACCAUCUGACUGGACAGCAGGAGGUCUGGACGAUGACUGGUGGAUCCUUCAAACUUCUCCUCUAAACACCUAACAGGAACUAAAGCAGAACAAAGUUAAUUUCUGUAAAUAAUAGAGAAAAGUGAAUAUCUUAUAUGCAUAAAAUCAUUUUAUAUUGCUUUUCUAGUUUGGAAAAAGGCUCAUUUAUUCUUACACAUGUAAAAUUACAUCUCUUUCAGACUAUUUUAACCACUCCUGAUGAAAGUUUUUGAUAAAAAAAAAAAGAAAAAUCAGUAAUACAGUCAGGUGAUUGAUACAGUCAGGUCAUGUCAAUUAAUCUUUCUAAUAUAAUCAGGUCUCACAGGAGCCUGGCAGGGUUGAGCUGAUAGUGAUUUGACACCAAAAUGUGUCAUGUUUUCUAAAGCCUAGCUAUCAGUUAAAGCGACACCAUAGAGUUUAUAGUGAAUUAGCAGGACAGCAUGAGAAAAAACUGACUUUGUGUACCAUAAAGACAUUUGGUAAAGAUGUUUGCAAGAACCAAAAACUAUAUUUUUGAUGUCAGCAAUGAUGGAAGCAAUGGUGAUGAUAAUGAUGAUGAGUUUAAUAAUACACAAUAAUUAGGACAGUUGCUUUGCCAGCUGGAAAAUUCUACCUUUUAAAGCUAAUUACAUAUAUUUCUGUGAAAAAGAUGCCAACAGCUUGCAAGCUUGACAAGUGAAUUUUUCCUUGUUCAAAAUGAUGCUUCAUAAAAUACUAUCUCCUACUGUGACUUUUGAUUUUAGACUUUUAAAUUUCUAUGCAAAU